AUGCGGUGUUUGAAAAUAACAUUAAAAACGCACAGUGACACACGCUGGGCAUCUAAAUAUAAUGCAGUUCAUUCAUUGUAUUGUCAAUUUGGCGGUGUGAUAAAAGCUUUACGUGACAUAUCUACCAAUCCAAUUUUUGGCGAUGGGGUUGCUAAUGCAGAAAGUAUAUUAAAACAGUUUGAUUUGGAAUUUGUUUAUUUUUUAGUCAUGUGGGAUAAAAUAUUGAAUCAAAUAUAUCGUGUAAAUAAAUUAUUACAAAGCUCAAAUAUUUCAAUAGAUCAGGCUUCAAAAAUGAUAAAUUGUUUAAAUGUUUCUCUCCAAGAAAUGCGUGAUAGUGGAAAUGAACAAAUUAAAACUGAAGCUAUUAGUAUUUGUGAUAAAGUUGGAAUAAAAUCUUAA